GGAUCAUAACACAGAUGUUAAUCCGGUUGGGAUCUUCUCUACGGUAGUCCUUGGUUCGGUGAUUUGAGGUAGAGUACGUGUAGAGUGGCCGUGGAGUGGGUGUAGAGCAGCCCCUCGUAGGCCUCGAGUAGAGUACGAGCACAGAGGCGUCGCAACGCAGUGACGAAAGGGAGUUCUGGCCUGGUCUACGACUGCUGCUCCAGUUCGAGUACUUGGUACUUGCUAGCGAAUGAUAAUCUUAUCAUAGAAACAUCAGUCUCCAUCCCCUUCUCUUCCUGUCCACCUCUCCUCCUGCUCUCCCUCUCUCCUCUCCCUCAUCUAUCACUUCUCCCAUCGUGUCUUCGGAUCUUCGCUGUUCCCAAACAUAGCGAGAGCGCCACGCGAAAACCUUCCAACAUCGCUUUCAUCCCCAUCAGGUGCCAUUCACCCAUUCCGAAAGUUCCGCCCACGAUAUCAUAAUCAAUUCAAGGUCGAGCUCCGCCGAAUCCAAUCGUCCGUCGGCAGCCCACGCUAUUGAUUCGCCAGUGGGAAUUCCGCGCUUGGAGCCCACUUUGGUGCCAGAGUAGUAGUCGUAGCAGUAGCAUUAUCAGCUCGCUGCAUCUGCGAUUCUGUGACUCCCCCCGUCAACCCAUUUAUUAUCAUCCGGCGACCCAACAGAACUUCUAUUCCUCCACAGCCUUCGAUUUUUCCAAAUUCGCCAUGUCGUUCCUCAAGAAGCCCUUUCGAAAGAUCAAGGACUUGGGAAGCCACACCAAUUCGAGCGAGUCGGUCCCCAAAGUAGAUGCGAGUAGUGGUACUGCGACCCCAGUAUCUCUGAAUGGCAGUGGAAAUGGCAUCGAACCUGCAAGCGCAAAGCGGGGCGUUUCCCUCGAUUUGCACCCCAAACGCCAGAGUUCCGAGAUCAUCAGGGCAGAAAGAGAGCGAAAGAGUCUUGACAAACUACGCACCAAGGCAGAGAACAAAAAGAGACAGUCGCUGGCAAAAAUCGAGGAUGAGAACUUUCUGAAGAAUGGUCCUCCUCAACUCACCAAGUUGUACCGACCGUACAGUAUGAAUAUGAGUAAGAGAUGGAACCACGAGAAUCGCGUUCUAUUCAAGGAUUUGGAUUUUGAGAGUAAGUGCUUCUUCAAGCCCCGGUUGGCUAUUUCAAUCUAACCAUUCUUUAGAAGCAGAUCAGCGAGUCAUCUCUUUUCGAGCGCGUAUACACACUCUUCGCCGAAUGAGUGCCAAACUGGUUUUUAUUGUCUUCCGACAGCAGACUGUAACAAUCCAGGGAGUACUGCAAAGCUUCAAGCCCUUGGAGGAAAUUGGUAUGCAUAUUCUGUUCCAAAAUGUUACAGAAAGAAUCAAAUCUAAUUUUUCUUCAGAAGGAGAAUACAAUCCAGAAGGAAUUACCGAAAACAUGGUCCGAAGCAUCGAACAUUACCCUAGCGAAACCAUCGUUGUCGCCCAUGCGAGAGUACGAAAGUCUCAAAAGCGGGUCAAGAAUGCCACCAUUCAUGACUGGGAGUUGGAUGUGUUGGAAGUUCACAAGGUAGGGGAUCUGACGGAGAAUGUCCCAUUCACCGUAUACGAUGCCGAAAACAUCAACCGUGACAAGGAGGAUGUGAGUGAUAAUGAGGAUGAUUCUGCGGAAGUUACUCCAUCAUCAAGUCGGAUGUCCACCGAUUUAUCCAGCAGAAAAUCGAUGGACGGUAGAAGGUCCGUGGAUCAUGCUAGGAAUUCUCUUGACCAAUUGACCACGAGGCUCAAUGGCAGAAGUAUGAAUGGUCGGGGUAAGUCUGCCAUGCACAUCUAAAUGUCAAAAUUAACUAGGAACAGGAAGCAUGGAUCUCUUCCGACAAAAUCGAUCCCUCCCCCAACGAGUUCGACUUAAUAACCGAAUUGUGGAUCUCAGAACUGGUCCCGCGCAAUCUAUUUUCCGUAUUCAAUCUGGCAUCUGCAAUCUUUUCCGUUCAUAUCUUGAUACCAAAGGUUUCAUCGAAGUUCAUACACCAAAAUUGCAAGGUGGCGCAACAGAAUCUGGAUCCACUGUUUUUGAAUUGAAUUAUUUUGGUCGACCAGCCUUCUUGGCCCAAUCUCCACAAUUGGCCAAGCAAAUGUGUAUAGCUGCCGAUUUUGAGAGAGUGUACGAAAUUGGUCCAGUUUUCCGAGCAGAAGAUAGUAAUACCCCUCGACAUUUGACUGAAUAUACUGGACUUGAUCUGGAAAUGGCUUUAGAAGAGCACUACCACGAGGCAUUGGACAUUAUUGACGGCAUGUUCAAACAUUUAUGGCAGGGAAUCUAUGAUCGAUAUGAGAAAGAAAUCGAUCUCAUCUCACACUUUUAUCCUCACGAAAAAGUACAGUGGCUGGAGGAGACACCAAGAAUUGCUUUCAAGGAUGGUGUUCAGAUGUUAAUUGACGAUGGAUGGGUUGAUGAUAAUGGUAACCCACCAUCCGUUACAGAAGAUCUUGCUACGGCGGCAGAAAAGCGAUUAGGUGCUUUGGUCAAGGAAAAGUAUCACACUGAUUACUAUAUUCUUGACAAAUUCCCUGCUUCUGCUCGACCAUUCUAUACGAUGCCUGAUCCCUCGGAUGAUCGAUUCACAAACUCUUUUGAUAUCUUUAUGAGAGGACAAGAAAUUUUGAGUGGUGGUCAACGUAUACAUGAUGCUACUUUUCUUGAAAAGAAAAUCAAGAAGCAAGGCAUUAAACCAGACUCUAUGAUGGAAUACCUUGAGGGUUUCCGGUGGGGAGCACCACCCCAUGCUGGAUGUGGUAUUGGAUUGGAAAGAUUAACCUAUCUCUUCCUUAAUCUUGGAAAUAUUCGACUUGCAUCAUUAUUCCCUCGAGAUCCAAAAUCACUUCCUGCUAAACCCGCAGUCCUCGCACUUCGUCAUGAAGAAGCUAGCACCACAAAUCCACCAUGGGAGAGAGAAGAUAUUGAUACUCCCAUCAUUUCAACCGUCGAUAUUGAUCCCACAGCACAUCUUCAACCUCUGGAAAAACUUAUUGCCAACUAUGGAGAUGCAGCCAACACUUCAUGGCUUGACAAACGUUACAAUGUCUAUCGUCAUCCUUCUACCGGUGCAGCUCAAGGCUACAUCAUCCACAAUGGUUUCGCCAUUGCAGUUGGCGAUCCACUAUGUGCCAAAUCCCAAUAUCCACAGAUCAUUUCCGCAUUUCUUCAAUUCCUCAAAGAUAACCGACAACACAAAUCCCAUAGCGAACAUAAAGAACUCAAACCCAUCUGGAUGAUUGCAGGCAAAGAAGUAGAAGAAUACGUAGGGGAAAAGUUCCUCUGGCGAACCCUCGCCUGCGCCGCCGAAGAACGCGCAAAUCCAAGAGACAACCCCGCUCUCAAAGACCAGGACCUCGCCCGUAAAGUACGUCACGCUGAGAAAGAGGGAGUCAAGAAUAUCGAAGUCCCAUUCGGCAAAGCCAUCCCCGACGAAUUGAGAAGCCGAAUCGACGGAGGUAUCGCAUCAUGGCAAGCCGGACGAAAAGGAACUCAAAUCCACCUAACCCAAAUCCGACCGUGGAUCGACCAAGAACACCGCCGCUACUACUACGCCACCAACCCUCGGGACGAAAUCCUCGCCAUCUGCGUCCUCCACCAACUGGCCCCCAAACACGGGUACCAAGUGAAAUUCUCCCUCGAGUUCCCCGGCGCCCCAUCCGGCACCAUCGAGUCCCUCAUCCUCUUCUCCUUCAAGAGUCUCAGUGCCGCGGACACCGAUGUCAAACAAGUCACCUUUGGCACCGGCGCGAGUAGUACCCUUGAAGGCGGCCGUAAUUUGGGGAAGCAUAAGGUGAAGGCGUUGAGGAAGGCGUAUGAGGCGAUUAAUAAGCAGUUCAAGUUGACUAAUAAAAGUGAGUUCCGCGCGAAGAUGGGGUGUUGGGAGGAGCCGGUUUAUGUUUGUUAUCCUAGGGGGGGACUUGGUGCGGGGGGGAUUCGGGCGAUUAUGGGUUUCUUAGAGGAGGAGUAGGGUGGUUGUUAUGAAUGGGAAUGGGUUAGGGGGUUGGGUGUGCUUUAGGGGAAUGAUGGAUGGAUAUGAAUGGAGUUCUAUUCCUUUGUUUUUGUGCGUUGGUGGAUGGAUGGAUGGAUGGAUGGAUACCUAGUUUGCGAUCUUUUACCCUUUUCUCUCUUUUUUCCUUUCUUUUCUCCUUUUUUCUUUUUCCUUUUCUUUUGUCACCAAUCUUUUCACAUGCGCAAAAUGAGUCAGUCAGAUCAAUCAGUCGUAGAUAGAUAUCUAGCGAGAUGAGUCAGAUGAGGAGAGGAGAUGAGAUGAUAAGGGGUUAAUGUAUGAAGAUGAGAAAUGAGAAAUAGGAAGAAUAUAAAUAUGAAUAUGAAGUGAACGGGUCGUUAUUAAGGAGUAGAGAGGUAAUGAAUGGAAUGGAAU